GCACAGCUUCCAUAGCGUUUGGAAGCAUUUCUUUUUUUAUUUUUACUUCUCAUACAUCAUACUUGUGUAGGAGCCGCGCCACCAUGACGCUCUACUCCAUAUACGUUUUUAAUCGAUACGGUGACACGAUCUACACGAAGCAGUGGAAGCGCACGAGCGCCGUGCAACACGGCGAGGAUGGCCUCGUGGCUGGCUUCGUCUACACACUGCAGCACAUUAGCUCCCAGCUGUCUUCCACACAGGCGGGCGGUUUGCGGGCCGUUCACACGCCGCUGUACAAAGUGCACUACCUUGAAACCAUGACCGGCUAUCGUGUAGCACUCUUCACGGAUAAAGCGAUGAACACCGCACUCGUGCAGGGCAUUUUGUCGGAGUUGAUGAAGGAGGUCUUUACACGUACCGUGACAAAGAACCCGCUCUACCGCCACGAGAAGGGCGUGCUGAUCACCGGAAGCGAAUUUGAGGAGGGCUUAGAGGAAUUGUUCUUACAGCGUAAGAUUUUGGCGUGA